AUGGGAGCCGAGAUAUCACAAGAUAAGCCAUCGGAGCCAAGUGCUAAUGGACCAAGUAACAACACGCAGAGCAGUCACACUACUAAUCCCGAAGCCAAUCAGAAAACCAAAGAAGUUGCAUUACCUCAUAACUAUGAAGGUAUUUUGAAGCAUGCCAAUUCACCUGUUGAUAGAUCAUCACCGAGCAAGAUAUUGGAACAACUUCAUGCUGGUGUAUUCUUGAACCAAAACAAAAAGAAGUACUGGGUCGAGAAGGGUUCAAACCGCAACUGUUUCUUCUUGUACGCAAGAGAUCUUUCUAUAACUUGGGCCGAUGAUAGCCGCUUGUGGCGUUGGCCCUUGCUGCAAGAGUCGAGUGAUGAAGCUAUUGAAGUUGCUGAACUGCUCGAUGUCUGCUGGCUAGAGCUGCACGGAAAAUUCGAGCUUUCUAACUUAUCACCAGAAACAAUUUACGAAAUAGUUUUUGUUUUGAAGCUAAAGGAUCCAGCUUACGGAUGGGAACUCCCCGUAAAUGUGAGACUCACAUUGCCAGAUGGAAGCAAACAGGAACACAAGGAGAAUCUGCUGGAAAAGCCAAGAGGAAAAUGGCUUGAAAUAACGGCAGGGGAAUUCAGAAGCUCACCCGAGAAGCUUGGGGAGAUAGAGUUUUCGAUAUAUGAAUAUGAGGGAGGAAUAUGGAAGAGAGGGCUACUGGUAAAAGGAGUUAGCAUUCGACCAAAAGGGUCGAUUGUGUAA